AUGGAUGCCUCCGGAAUGAACCCUGCUACGGCUCAGGCCUUUGAGAUGAUGAUGCGGGAUAAGCAGAUGAAGGACUUUAUGGCUCUGUACCAGGGUCUUGUCGCGCGCUGCUUCAACGACUGCUGCAACGACUUUACCUCGAAGGCGCUGAGCUCUAAGGAGGAGACCUGCGUCCAGACUUGCUCGGACAAGUUCCUCAAGAUGAGCGAGCGCGUCGGCCUGCGAUUCAGCGAGCAGAACGCCGAGAUGAUGGCCCGCGCCCAGCAGCGCCGCUGA